GUCACACAUCGCCGUGGCUCCCGUAAACAGAAACGACGACUUUUACCACGAAGUGCCUCCAAUUGAGCCCGUUCAAUUGGGAAAUCUCGAGAUAAUAAAGUAUGUGAUAGACAAGUUUGAGAGAUCGAAGCACAGAGACGCUAGAGACCUGGCACGAUUGUUCAAAAAUCCAUACUUGAAAGCAUUGGUGAAUGCCCACGACCAAAUUGCCGAAAUCCAAUUAGAAAAACUCUCGCAUCCAGACAACGAAGACGCAAUUUACAUAAAUCCCGUAGACAUCACGGACGAAAUGCCGCGCGAAAUUAUCAAAAUGGUGAGCCUUUCACGCAAAGGCAACGAGCCGCUCGGCUUGACGGUGGAAGUUGAUGAAAAUGGACAGUUGAUUGUUGCACGCAUUCUCGCGGGUGGCAUGAUCGACAAAAUGGGAAUGUUGCAUCCGGGCGAUGCGAUUUUAGAAGUAAACGCCGUUCCCGUAUCCACUCCCGAAGAAUUGCAAAACGAAAUUCUCUCCGCCAAGCAAAAAAUCACCUUGAAAGUCGUUCCCGGCGUCGAUCAAGAAAUGAAAUCCGCCAAACUCCAAAUGGCCCCAAAAUCCUUGAAAAAUCUCGAGCCUGGCAAGAAACUCAGCUGCUACAUGCGCGCCCUUUUCAGCUACGAUCCAUCCGAAGACACGUUACUGCCAUGCAAGGAAAUCGGUUUGCCGUUCCAGCAGGGCGACAUUUUGCAGAUAAUUAACGUAAACGACCCGAAUUGGUGGCAAGCGAAGCACGUAAGUGGCGACGGUUCCAUCGGAUUAAUUCCGUCGCUCGAACUUGAGGAGCGUCGUAAGGCUUAUGUGCCUCCAGAGGCGGAUUUCGUGCACAAAAUCGGCAUUUGUGGCACCCGUGUCUCGAAAAAGAAGAAGAAAAUCCUCUACAAGAGCAAGGAAAACACGGAAUUUGACAAAGCUGAUUUGACGUUGUACGAAGAAGUGACUCGCAUGCCGCCAUUUAAGCGUAAGACGCUCGUUUUGAUUGGGGUGCAAGGCGUUGGUCGACGUACGCUGAAGACGCGCUUGAUAAAUAGCGAUCCGGAUAACUUGGCAGGCGUCAUUCCGCAUACAAGUCGUCCCAUGCGUGCUUUGGAGGAGAACGGACAAGGUUAUUGGUUCACGGAUCGCGAAACGAUGGAACAUGACAUCCGUGAAAAUCGCUUUUUGGAGUAUGGCGAACACAACGGGAACUUGUACGGAACACAUUUGGACUCGAUUCGCAAUGUUAUCAAGUCGGGACGCAUGUGUGUCAUCGAUUGCAACGCCUCGUCGCUGAAAAUGUUGCACAACAGUCCGGAAUUCAUGCCAUUUGUCGUGUUUGUCGCCGCACCCGGCUUGGAUGAACUCAAGAAAAUUUAUUCGGAACGACGUGCUGCCGGCGGAUCCCAGCGAAAUCUCACCUUUGACCGACAAAGUUCGAUUCGUUUCAGCUCUCGACGUGCCAGAACCUUGGAAUCGCUCGCUUCGUUGUACGAAGACGACGAAUUCAUCUCGACUGUCGAGGAAAGCAUGUUGUUGCAACGAAAGUACGACAAGUACAUCGACUUGGUGGUCGUCAACGAGGACUUUGACACCACUUUCCGUCAAGUUGUCGAAGCCUUGGAAGCACUCAGUCACGAACAUCAGUGGAUUCCCGUCAACUGGAUCUAUUAAAAAAUAAUUUUUGUGCAUUAAAAAUCGCUUAAAAAGUGAAAAAAAAAAGUAAUUUGCAGUUAAUCAAAACGUACUAAAAAUCACAUCAAAAAAAUAUUUAAAAAUGAACCUAAAGUGCAAAAGUGUUAUUGGAAUUGUUUUUUGUUUUAAUCUUAUUAGAAUUUGUUAGAAAAAAGGUGUGAAUAAGAUGUGCAUACUUCAGUCAUUUCAAACAACGACGACGACGACGUAACUACAUAAGUUAAGGCAACAUAUAACGUAAAAUGACCUACAUCAAUAUCUACUCUACAAGUAACAAAUCGUACCGUUAGUUCAUAGAAAAAAGCUAUUCACUCUAAAAAAAAAAGAAUAAUUAAAUAUUAAGCACCAUUAUGAAAGCCGCACUAAGAAAAAAAGUAUAUUUUUACGUAAGGAAACGAAACUGGUCAUCUAAUAUCCGUCCGAUGAAACAAUAAGAAAAAAAAGUUAAUUUUAAUUAUAAUUCAUAAGCAAAGCAUCGACAGCAUUUUUACCAUAAAGCAAGUUACUUCCACAUUUAAAAAAUUUCAAUCAACAAACUUCCAUAGCAACAGUUUUUCAACAGUAUUAUUUCUGGAAAAACUCAACUCGAAAUUUAGGAAUCUCACGCAAACUUCAACUUGCGGUCAGCAAACUCGUAUAGCAACGCACAUCAAUCUUGGAAUCAUGAAAAAAUAACAAUCAGAUUUAUUUUUAAGGCUAGAGUUCAUGAAAGAAUUUUGAUAGUAAUUUUUUGAAUUUUAAAAAAAUUAUAAAUUUAAAAAAAAUUAAAUUUUUUGUCCAAAUUUGUUUUUAAAUUGAGAAAAAAUAAUAAUAUUUAAAAAAAAAAAGAAAUUUGAAAA